AUGGAAACACCACUACUACGAGCGCUGGUGCGACGCAUCCGCACACUUGGACCGCUGACAGUCUCAGAGUACAUGCAGACUUGUGCACUGCACCCGCAAUACGGUUACUACCAGACCGGCAAGGACAAGAUCGGUCGAAAAGGUGAUUUUGUCACGGCUCCAGAGGUAUCUCCGAUCUUCGGAGAACUCGUAGCGCUCUGGUUCAUGGUCCAGUGGCGCGACUGGCUCCAAAGUCCUAGACAGAUUCGUCUGAUAGAGCUCGGACCAGGGACGGGUACACUGAUGAAGAAUAUGUUACAGACAGCGCGACAGUUUCCAGAGUUUUACCGCGCGCUCCAUGUCCAGUUGCUUGAAGCGGGUCGUCCGUUUCAAGCGCGGCAGCAAAGCAUGCUCCAGGCUUACGUACAAGAGCGCAAAGUCUCAUGGUUGGACGCUUUAGAUCUUGAUGGAUUUGAUGCGUCAGCUGGUAGCGACAGCGGGCCAGUUAUGUUUCUCGCGCAUGAAUUCCUAGACGCACUGCCGGUACACCAUUUUGUGCGCUGCCAGCGUAUCCAGCAGCAGCAGCAGCAGCAGCAGCAGCAGCAGCAGCAGCAGCAGCAGCAGCCAGUCGCAUGGUCGGAGCGCUUGGUCGAUAUCGUGGACGGUGGCGAGACGAACAGCCCGCGCCUUCGCUUUGUUCAGAGUCGCGGUAUCACGCCGGCUGCGGCGUUGUGGACGAGCCAUCCGCUGCUUCGGCCGAUGCUCGAGCACGAACAACUCACGGCAAUUGAGGUACCGACGGGUGCCAUGGCCGUUAUCGAACGAAUAUGUCGGAUCAUGAGUCAACGUGGCGGUGUCGCGCUAGUCGUGGAUUACGCCAAAGCGGCGGAACCGCCGUUGGCAUGCACUUUGCGAGCGGUGCGGCAGCAUCGGUUCGAGGACCCUCUGGUUGCGCCCGGCGAGGCGGAUAUCACCGUUGAUGUGGACUUUGACUUGCUUGCAAAGGUAGCGCAGGCGACUGCUCCAGCUUUGCAGGUGCAUGUACUGAGCCAGCGUGAGUUUCUCUUGCGUAUGGGCUUGCAAGUUCGUCUACAGGUGGUUGCCCGCAAACAUCAGGAUGCAGCGUCCCGUUUAUUUGCUGCUUGUCAGCGGCUGAUCGCACCGGAAGCAAUGGGCCACGUCUAUCAAGUGAUGGGUAUUGCAUCUUCAAUACCGAAUGGCAAUCGGGCGCCAUACGAUGUGCUGUUUCCGUUCCACGCGCGGCCUAGCACCUAA